ACCCUUCUAAUGCCACAAUCUAUGCGAUAGAAACUUUGGUAACAAUUCUUACUCUUUAUCUGUACUUGGAAAUAACAAGUCUGAAAAAGGAAUCAACAUUCAAGAAUCAAAUUCAAAAGAUACAGAAGAUUUUGCCACAAAUUCCUCUAAUACAGACAUGAUGUCCCAGCAUGCAGCCUUGACCAGCCUGUUUGGUGAUGACCCUUUCUUCAGCCAGGAGCGGCUGCUUUGGCCAGUGCGACACGAGGCUCUUCCCUCACUGCAGCAAGACUUCUUCGAUCUGAGAACCAAGCUGGCUGACAGUCUCCUGAAGGAGCUUCAUGAUGGACCUCACCUGCCUAGACUUUGCCAGUUCCCUCUCAUUUCCAACACUUUGAUGAAGUUUGAUGAUGCUGAGCAGAAGAGAGAGGCAACCAGUACAGAGUUACAGAGAAACAAUGACGACCUCCUGGUGACCCUAGAUGCACGUGGUUAUUCUCCCAGUGACAUCACUGUCAAAUUGGAGGGGCGGAGCCUAGCAGUGGUUGCCAUGAAGCAGGCUGGAGCAGAAGAGACGCAGUCUUGUUCUUCCUCCUCCUCCUGUGCUUCCUUCUGCUCUUCUGCUUCGUCAAAGAUGGGAUUCGCCCAGAAGAUCAACCUGCCAGCUCACCUGGAUCUGUCCGGCCUCUCCUGCUCCCUGAUGGAUAAUGGACAGCUGCGUAUUCAUGCCCCUGCAGCUAAACAUCCAACCAGUGAGGAGAGCCAGGUGCCCAUUCGCUUCAGGACAUCUCUGGAGUUUCCCGUUAACAAAGACAAGACAGAAGAGGAACUCUAACCAGAAAUACAUAAGAUACAUCCUGUCACAAUUUUUAAUCAAAGAAAAUAUACAAAUGUUUACCCAACAAACAAUUGCACUCAUACUUCCAUUAAAGACUCUCUUCUAAAAUUAUUUCACACAUAAUAUUUACUUUGUAUUUGUAAACUGUCUAAAUUUUAAAAGUGAAAUAAAGUGUUUACAUUUUCAGUAAAUGAUUUUUUUUUUAUUACGAGUUACAUUUGUGAGUGUAACAUUUUCUUCAUCUUUAACUUUAUUGUCCCCUAAGGAAACUUUGCUCCACUGCUAGGUAAAGCAAAGCAUGAUAAUACACAAUCGCAUAGAGUCCACAAGGAAUGCUAAAAUUUAUAAAGACAUGCACAUUCAACAUCCCAGUGUUUCUUUUAAUAAGCUGACUUUGUCAAGCCAGCUUCUCUGUCAGGCUA